AUGCCUAACAGACAUUGGUCUGGUGAUUCUGAUGAAUCAGAGACAGAGAGUGGAAGAAGCCUUUCCAGCUGUCAUACUGCAGAUACGGAUAUCACCAAGCCUGAUGAUAAAUUCAGUAGUAUAUCGGCUCCAAGCCUGAUUCCACGGUCUCGACGAAGUAUACAGCGGUCCCAACCACCACAUGAGGACAAUUCUGCUCAGAUCACUACUUCUAAGGGCCGUGUGUACGAGGAUCCGGAUGUUGAUACCACCGAGAGGCUCUCUGAUAUCGACCCAGAUUUCAACAAGGCUGAUGGCACAAAAAAAUUAAGGAACCGCGUAAUUGAUCGUUGGCAUCGAUUUUGCCAGAAAAGUUUAGAACGUGAACCGGAUUGCGCUCGAUGGAGCGACCCAGAAAACGCUCUUCGGCAAGCGUCCGCAGACUGUAUAUUUCAAUUCUUGAAAUGGUGUUUCAAACUAGAAUAUGGAAUAGACGGCCGAAAGCUGCCGGGAUAUGGCCAUGCGGGCACUUUCAACACCGAUUGGAAAUAUUUUCGAAUUUAUUACCAGAAUGUGUUAGGCAAAAAGAUGGAUAAAGCAAUGGAGAAGAGCCUCCGUACGGGCAGGCAAUGGUUAAUCAAGGAGAACAAGUUAGGUACCCAGCCACGAGACAAUGUCCCAGUGUACAUUGACGAUAUGAUCAAAUUCAAUGAGACGAUCCUGCAAACGCGCAAAAAAAGGUUUUUACUCGGCAUCCAAAGGAUCAUGUUGUGUCUGGCCCUGAUGCUUGGCCUUUUUACUGCGGGCCGCAAAACCGCGAUUUUGAAACUACAGUACAAGCAUCUUCGUAUUAGUCUACUCCGAAAUCCCUAUGGCGGACCUCCUAUACUCGACAUUGCCAUCAAGCCCGAGUAUGUCAAGUCCUUUCUUGGGAUUACAAAUCUGAAUACGUUUUCUUUUCCCGAGAUCAUUCUUGGUGUCUCCCUUGUGUUCAGUCCGCAUGUAUUUAUCAUGGGACUGUUGCUACAUGCGAGGGCUUUCAAGGCUGAUAUUCGAUCCAUGGAUGAUGUUCGAAGUCUUUUUGUAAUGCGUGGUUGUCAAGAGUUACCAUUGCCAUUAGAGGAGGCCAUGGAUGAUUAUUACCUGUUUUGUAAAGUGGACAUGAUCGAUGGAAAGCCCCAGAUCCUUCGGAAGGAGCCAAUGAGUGAUGGUCACUACAACAGCGCUAUACGGACCAUCUCGGAGAUUAUCGGACUCCUAGCAUGGUUCUUUUUCCAUCAAUUCCGGUAUGGCACAGGGGGAAUCCUUGACGAUACCGAAUGGGUGAGUGACUCUAAACGCAAUUUGGUCCUCCAUCAUGCCGAUACUUCCACCUUCCUCAAAUACUAUCGUCCCAGACAACAUACAGACAUGCAAGAAGCGGUCUUCGGGCUGAAGCCAGAUGAGGUCAUCCGUCGAGCUUUGACUAGCAUCUCGCGUUACGCUGAUAAACGACGACCACGUUACCUGGACGACACUCAAAAAGCUCUGGUGGAAGAUGAUCCCGAGUUGCAAACGGCUAUCAGUAACCGGGAUGCCCUGCUGGACAAAUUUCAGCAAACUCCUAAUCUCAUACUCGGACAGGAAGUCGCCGAAGCAGAACGUAACAUCAAAAAUACGCGGCAACGGUUGCGGUAUCGGAAGAAAAAGGAAGUCCGACAAGCCUUUAGCGACGAGCAAGCAGUCAAAGAUAUCAAUGCCCAGCGUGCUGGAGAGAUACUAUCCGAAGACGACGCUUUGAAAGAAUCAGAGUCGGAAGAUGAUACACCUCCCGAACAGACGAUGCUUGUGGAAGGGUUAAUGGCUGUCCCGGUAGAAUGGACGCUCGAAGGCGAAUGGAAGCGACGUAACGUUGGUACCGAAGUUAUUAUCAUGUAUUGUGAUUUUGAAGAAGGUGGACCACUUCGAGGCCGGCCGAAACGCAAGCGAAGCGAGAGAGACGUCGAGGGGCUUUCAACAGUAGAAGCAACUCCGACAGAAGUAUUGGAAGAUGAUGAACAGCCUCUCGAAAGGAAACGCAAAAACCAGGAGCCCCGUGAGACUCCCGAAAAACCCCUGGUUUGCUUCCAAUGUGGCAAAAAGUACAGUCAGUACCAGAGCCUUCUAAGACACUUCCGGCCAAAGCAUAUGAACGAUCGACGAUGCAAAUCCUGCGCCGAUGGAAUGGAGUAUCUUGAGCAGAUGCAUUGGCAAUGUCAUGUUGCUGCAGUACACCAGUUGAAUGUAUAA